AUGUCUUCCAGAAGUCCCAAAGAUUUACUUAAGAGUAAGUGGGGAUCAAAGCCUAGUAACUCCAAAUCAGAAUCUGAAUUACAGAAAUUUAAGGGAGAAAUUGCAGCUUUAAAGACAUCAGUGGCCGAAAUCACAAGUGGAAAAGGAAAACUGACUGAUAAAGAGAAACACAGGCUUUUGGAGAAAAUCCGAGUUCUUGAAGCCGAGAGGGAAAAGAAUGUAUAUCACCUCACAGAGAAGGACAAGGAAAUACAGCGGCUCAGAGACCAGCUGAAGACCAAAUAUAGUACUACUGCAUUGCUUGAACAGCUGGAAGAGAAAACUAGGGAAGGUGAAAGAAGGGAACAGUUGCUGAAGUCUUUAUCUGAAGAGACAGAGGUAUUGAAGAAACAGUUGUCUGCCACGAUGGCAAGACUCACCGAAUUUGAAAGUAAAGCCAGUACACUUCGUUUAUCACAGACUGUGGCUGCAGACUGCUUCAACUCAUCAAUGAGUAAUAUCCAUGAGGUAGAAAUACAGCUAAAAGAUGCUCUGGAGAAAAAUCAGCAGUGGCUUGUGUAUGAUCAGCAGCGAGAAGUCUAUGUUAAGGGACUUUUAGCAAAGAUCUUUGAGCUGGAAAAGAAGACAGAAACAGCUGUUCCUUCCCUCCCACAGCAAACAAAAAAAGACUGAAUCAGAAAUCAUCUUCAAGAAGAGAAACAAAAAUAUUACAAUCACCUCUUGGCAAAUGCCAAAAAAGAUCUUGAAGUUGAACGACAAACCAUAACUCAGUUGAGCUUUGAACUUAGUGAGUUUCGAAGGAAAUAUGAAGAAACUAAAAAAGAAGUUCAAGAUUUAAAUCAACUGUUAUGUUCACAAAGAAAGGCAGAUGUACGACACCUGGAAGACAGCAAGCAUAAAACAGAGAGAAUACAGAGACUUAAGGAAGAGAAUGAUAUUGCCAGGGAAAAACUUGAAGAAGAGAGAAAGAGAUCUGAGGAGCUCUUAUCUCAGGUCCGGUUUCUUUACAGGUCUCUGCUAAAGCAGCAAGAGGAACAAAUGAGGGUUGCUCUGUUGGAACAACAGAUGCAGGCAUGCACUUUAGAUUUUGAAAAUGAAAAACUUGACCGUCAAAAUAUGCAGCAUCAGCUGCAUGUCAUUCUUAAGGAACUCCGAAAAGCAAGUAAUCAGAUAACACAGUUGGAAUCCUUGAAACAACUUCAUGAGUUUGCCUUCACAGAGCCAUUAGUCUCUUUCCAAGGAGAGACUGAGAACAGAGUAAAAGUUGCCUCACCAAAAAGUCCCAGCACUGCACUGAAUGAAAGCCUGGUGGAAUGUCCCAAGUGCAAUACAUACCCAGCUGCUGAGCAUCGAGAUCUGCUUGUCCACGUUGAAUACUGUUCCAAGUAG